CUGGACAUCUCCCCCGAGGUCAAGCACAGCAUCGUCACCUACAUCAAGCGUCGUCUGGCGCCCAAGCCCAUCAAGAUCCGGGCAGACAUCGACGUGACCUGUUUCGCCUACGAGGGGAUUGAGGCCGUGCGGGCGGCGUUGCAAGCGGGUUUGGAGACGCCUUGUUCGAGCGAAGUGGAGAUUAAAUUGAUCGCCCCGCCCAUGUAUGUCGUCACCACCAACACCUUGGAACAGGACAUCGGGAUCGAGAACUUGAAUCAGGUCAUAGAGCGGAUCCGUGCGCGGAUCGUGGCAAGCGAGGGUAGACUGGAAAUUAAAAUGGAGCCUAAGGUGGUGAGUCAGCGUGAUGAGGCGGAUCUUCAAGCAAUGAUCAAGAGGAUUGAGGAGGAGAACGAGGAAGUUGACGGAGAUGCCCCUGAGGACGCAUGA